AGCAGUACGUGCGCGACGCCGUCGUGGGCAGCAUGGGGCUCAAGCCCACGGGCCGCCUCUGCAGCGUCACCAAGGCCCGGGGGCUGCGGGCCUGCAGAGGGAAGUUACGAGACACUAUUCUGGAUUGGGAAGAUUCCCUGCCCGACCGUGACCUGACGCUGGCAGAUGAAGCCUGCAGGAAAGCCGAUCUCUCCGUCACCCUGGGGACCUCUCUGCAGAUCAAACCCAGCGGGAACCUCCCGCUGAUCACCAAGAAGAGAGGGGGGAAGUUGGUCAUUGUCAACCUCCAAGCAACCAAACACGACCGCCAGGCCGACCUGCGCAUCCACGGCUACGUGGAUGAGGUGAUGACCAAGCUGAUGAAGCACCUGGGGCUGGAGGUGCCCGAGUGGACGGGGCCGGUGGUGGUGGAGAGCGCCGAGCUGGCCAAGGCCGAGCAGCUGCAGGGGCGGCUGAAGGAGGAGCCCCUGGGGCAGCACAACGGCACCGCCGGGAACGCGCCGCCGGAGCGCCGCCACGGGCUCAAGCAGGAGCGGCCCAGCCCGGACACGACGCCCGUGAAGAAGAUGAAGGUGGAGCCUCUCCUCACCUGACCUGGACUGUCCCUGUGUCACCUGGGCUGCUUUUCCUACCGACUUUUUUUUAUACCCUUAAAUAUUGUCCCUUUUUUUAUGUCAGUAUUAAACAUACUUGAAUUGUG